UAGCUGAAAGAGUAUGUUUACACAUGAGCGUGAACAGGAAAGAGGGAGCGACGCAGAGUGUGUGUGUAUCACACACAAAACUAGAUGUUCAUAACUCAGCAAAAGAGGAAGAGAGGCUAAAAGCUGCUGACAAACACAUUAUGAUGAUACUUUGUGUUGUGGAUUUAAAGGCCUCUGGAUUAUCAAAUCACUGGAUUGUAAAGCACGGGACAGAGCCUGGAGAUCAUGGAAUCUAUGAGUACUGUGUCAGCACUGGCCAACCAAUCACAGCACAGCAACUCCUCACUGGCCUCAGAUUUGUCAGCAGGCUCUUCGGAGUACACUGAUCCAGAGCUCGUGCUGCUGGGUGUUGCAAUGGCCAUUCUGGUUCUGGCCAUAGUUUUUGGUAACAUCCUGGUGAUUACAGCUAUCCUGCGGUUUCAGCGGCUUCAAAAAGUCACCAACCUCUUCAUUGCCUCCCUGGCUGUUGCUGACCUCAUCAUGGGCGUGGUCGUGGUGCCCUUUGGCUCCAGCUAUAUCCUGCUGGAGCGCUGGCAGUUUGGAAACUUCAUGUGUGAGUUCUGGACAGCAGCUGACGUGCUGUGUGUGACAGCCAGUAUCGAAACACUGUGUGUGAUUGCUCUGGACCGCUACCUCGCCAUUACCUCGCCACUCCGAUACCCAGCACUGCUCACCAGGGGUCGCGCCUUGGCGGUGAUCCUCGGGGUGUGGGUAGUGGCCUCCCUCAUCUCCUUCCUGCCCAUCCAUCUGAAGUUGUGGGUGUCUGGUGAGGAGAAAGCUCAGCAGUGCUUGGAAGACAGGUACUGCUGUGACUUCAAUACCAAUGCGGCGUACGCUGUGUCUUCCUCAAUUGUGUCAUUCUACUUGCCGCUGGUGGUGAUGAUUUUCUUGUACACCCGGGUGUUCCAGGAGGCCCAGAAACAGCUGGAGAAGAUCAGAGUGAGAGAGAGGCAUUUUUAUAACUUGCAUUACACCACACAGCUGGCCUAUCCUAAUGAUAAUCUUGCAAUGAAUAAACUCGGUGCAGGAACUGAGGUGGGAGAACAAGCAAGAGAGGACAGACUAAACAUGCAGAAAACAGGAGGUACGGACACUAUUAAAGAAGAAAAGGGAGAAGAGAACAAAGCAGGGACAGAAAAAGGGGAAGGAAAACAUUCUUCCACAAAGCGACUAAAGUUCUGUCUUAAGGAGCACAAGGCUGUAAAAACUCUGGGGAUUAUCAUGGGAACCUUCACACUGUGUUGGCUACCCUUCUUCAUCCUCAACAUCCUCAUGACCUUCCUCCACUUGGGUGACAUUAAUCUGCUCUUUAGACUCCUCAACUGGCUAGGAUACUCCAACUCAGCCUUCAACCCGCUCAUCUACUGCCGCAGCCCCGACUUCAGACACGCCUUUCAGGAAAUACUCUGUUUGAGGAGCAAGGGGGGAAGGUGGGGAAGGAGGAGAGGAUGGGGAUGGUGUAGAGAGAGAGAUUGUUACACCAAGCCCCCUGGUAGGAUGAAUGGGGACUCAGACCUGAAUGGUGUUAGGGGGCUGAAUGUUCAGCAGGGGUCAGGAUGGGAUGGCAGUCUGGAGAGCUCCAUCCGAGAUGGCCCACUCACUCUGGAUUCUCUGACUUCUUGUGGCGAACAGGUUUUAGAAGUAGCUCCAGGUUCUCUGACAAACUGGCAGACUAACAGUUCUUUUAAUGGGAGCUGUAAGGAAAAUAUGGAUUCCAUUGCCUGACCAAAUAGGAUAUUAGAAUUCAAAUUCUGCAGUAAACACAAAUUUGAUAAAGCUUAUAAUGUUUGGGUUUGGUUGAGAAUGACUCAACAUUUUGGUCGUUUUGAAGCUUUGGUUCUUGUGUUUCUGUCUGUGUUACUGGGUUUUACUUGUGCUCAGCAUUCCUCUUUGCUGCUCCAAUUUUCUUCAUAACAUUGUAUAUCACAACUACAAAGGCAGCUACACAAGUAAGCCAACGUUAGCAUUUACUAGACAAGAGGUCAAUAUAGGCCCUCUGAGCAGCACCACCUCUUCAUCCUCUAAUGCUGAACUGCGGGAAGACUGGACACUACAGAGACUCACUAUCGCAAAGCAGUAUUACGAGACAGGACGGGCCAGGGCUAGCUGAUUAGCAUGCUAACAUCAGUAGAAGAAAAGAGGUGAUACUCCAACGUUUCUUCUAGACUGGUAAGUAAAUAGCUGUUGAUGCCAACAUUAGCUAUGUAGCAAUAGCAAAUACCUACAUAUAGCACCUUUAACUGAAUAUUCAAGGCAUCUUAACACAACCCAUUGAGGCACAGCUGCAGGUUCAUCACUCACAACAACACAAUACAAAAGUUUACAAAAUGUAGAGCCUCAAAAAUAAUGAUAAUCAGACAACAAAAAGAAAAACUGCAUUUACAGAGUGAAACCAAACAUUAGGAGCCUUCAUCAAACUGGUACCUACAACAGGGCUAUUAUUGGAAGAUGUUUCUGUUAUUUCUUCCACCCCUUGUUUAUAUGAAACAGAUAACAGAAAAGCAACGUUACAAUGGACUGCAUACGAAUUGCUACUGAAAUAGAGGGUAGAUACGAGUUAAUUUUUUAAGGAUUAGUGUGCUGUUCCAUGUAUCUCAGUAAAUAAGUGAAAAGACUUUAAUAACUGCAGGGUAAUGAAAUUCCACAGUAAUAAAAAUAUCUUGCAUGCUUGUGCAUUCCAAAAUGCUCAUCUAUUGAAAGCAGUCGAAUAGCCAAAAGUCAGAAAGUGGCUGUUCAUUUUUAUGGAGUGAUACCUGUGAUGUUGUAUCACCAGCUACUUAUCAUCAAUGGUAGAACAUUCAGAAUUUAUUGAACAUCUACUGUAAGUACGCUAACAGCUGUGAAUGUGUAGCAGUGUAAUUCUCAAAAAGAGUAUUUUGCAGUUGGAACAAUACUGAUUAAAAAACCUUUGCGUUUUUGACAUCGUAUGCAGUAUUUUUGUAAUUCAUAACAGGCCCUGACUGGUCAGCUUGGAUGUGAAUACAUAUUUUUCUACAUUUUCUAAAAGCCCCUGAAAACUUGUGAUUUGAUUAGAUUUGACACAAAAUACAGAGAUUGAUCAAAAAUGUUCCAACUUUGGCAGAAAAAUUUUGUGUUCUUGUAGGAUCCCAUCAUUCAUACUAAGAACCUGAUGGGAAAAAAAGGUGAAUUUAAGGUGAAUUUUAAUGAACAUUUAGAUAUAAUCCCGCUGCCACAUUACUGAAGUCAAAACACUCUGCUGCCAUGUCAGGCCAAAAUUCAGUUUAUUAUUUUCUACAUAAGCCCACAUGGGAAGCACAAGCAGGAAUUUAGCACCACGUUUACAGCUCUAAUAACUUUGCCUGCCAACAACAAAAGUACAAGCUGCACACAAAACCUGCACAAAGCAGAGAUUAAAAAAAUACCUUUUGUUUGCCCUGUGGCUAAAAGUCUUAUUUGAAAGAGAGGGUUACACUUGAGGCUCACUUAUAAUAACCAACCUCAGACUAUUAAAAACAGUCUGCCUGUUUUUCAUUCCUCAUAGCUGGUCCAAAAUCAUUUACUGGUGUAUAUUUGUGUAUCAGAUAAGCACCUGAGACCCAAACUUGUGACUAUCUUAACUGUUCUUUCUGUCCCUGCAUUCUGUUCCUUUCAUCACGCAUUUGCUGGGUCUAUUUUCCCCAUCUCUCUCUCCCUAAACAACUCUUACUUUUUAUCCUGUCUGCUUUAGCUCUUUUAGAGGACAUUCUAAUCUGUCAGACAGACCUGGGGAGUUAAUUUCCAUGCAGUGCUAUCUGUUUACAUAACGUUAUCUGUUAAAAUCUCUGUAAAAACAUAGCAAUCAGAUGACACAUACAGUAUUUUAAGUGCUUACUUUUUACAUUGCUCAGUAACUUGGUCGAAGGAUAAGUAUUUUGAUUAGUUCUUAUGUCAUUUUAUUCCAAAUUCAGCCCAAAUACAGUGUAAAAAGGCUACCUAUCAUCAGAUUGCAUUAUACUCUAAAAUAAAUUACAUUUUGGAAAUAACCUCCCCAACUCUGCUUUUAGCUGUUUAGAUAAUUAUUUAAUUUGUGUUUAAACGAGAACAAGGUAUUGAAGGUCAAUAAUUGGCGAUUGUGCACUGUAAAUAUGAUCUGCAUGUUUCUGCCUGUAUGUAUGUUUUGUGCACAUGUAAUUAUUGUGAUUGUUGACUAUUUGUGCAUUUUAAAACUUGAAACAUGCCAUUGAAUAUUUGUAAUUUACUGUAACGUGAAUAAGAUUCUGAUGAACAGAUAGCCAGAAAAGACUGUAGUUUUGUUCUCUAUUUCAAAUUCAAUUGAAUUUUCGAAUUCCAUAGAAUCUGGAGUGGAAAAAAAUAACUUAGUCCUAAAUGCUCUCUGACAAUUGUCCUAAUUUACAGGCACUGAUUGCACUGUCCCAAGAAAUAAAUCUAAUUUAUCUGGUUCUCCAAAAAAAAAAAAGCACAAGAGUUGAACAAAAAAUAGUUUUAAUGUCGUUUUGUAUCAUGUCUGUCUGUUGAUACGUGUCGACAUCAGACUACACAAUUUAAGCAGCACUGAAACACGAGUGUACACUUAAAAAAAGAUUUGUCAUUUUAUAUUAUACAGGUAUUUGUGUGUCUGUCUUGGGAUACUUAGAGAAAUCUGAAAUGUGCUUUGUUGAAACUGAGAGUUAGUUUCAGGAAUUUAGCUUUUAAGCAAAGGAUUCUGUUUUCUACCUCCAUCAGAGUCACAUGAAUGUCAUCUCAUCUCUGUAAAUAUUUAUUCAUAAGCUGUUGUACGUGUUUGUGAGUAAAAGGAUGACGUUUGAAAUUCUAUUGUUUAAAUGUGUUGCUUAGCUGUGUGUGUGUGUGUGCGUGCGUGUGUGUGUGUGUGUGUGUUAGCGUGUGUGUGUGUGUGUGUGUGUGUGUGUGUGUGUGCUAGGUGGGUGUGCAUGUGAUCGC